GGUGACCCUGACACGGAACCGCUCUGUACGAAAGUCACUGCGGGACCGUGGGCAGCUGACCCAGUUCUGGAAGGCCCAGAAGCUCGACAUGGUGCAGUACACCGAGGACUGCUCGCUGUAUGGAGAGGCCAACGAGCCCCUCAUCAACUACCUGGAUAUGGAGUAUUUUGGGCAGAUUUCCAUCGGGACCCCCCCACAGAACUUCACUGUGGUCUUUGACACGGGCUCCUCCAACCUCUGGGUGCCAUCCAUCUACUGCACCAGCAAAGCCUGCACCAAGCACGCCCGCUUCCAUCCCACUCGCUCCAGCACCUACCAGCCCUUGGGCCUCCCCAUCUCCAUCCAAUACGGGACUGGCAGCCUGACGGGGAUUGUUGGCUCUGAUCAAGUCACUGUGGAAGGCAUGACAGUGUACAACCAGCCCUUUGCAGAGAGUGUCAGCGAGCCGGGAAAAGCCUUCCAGGAUUCAGAAUUCGAUGGGAUCCUGGGGCUGGCGUACCCCUCUCUGGCUGUGGAUGGGGUCACCCCUGUCUUUGAUAACAUGAUGGCCCAGGACCUGGUGGAACUGCCCAUCUUCUCUGUCUACAUGAGCUCGAACCCCGACUCCUCGCUGGGUGGAGAAGUGCUCUUCGGGGGCUUUGAUCCCUCCCGCUUCCUGGGCACCCUGCAUUGGGUGCCGGUCACAGUGCAGGGCUACUGGCAGAUCCAUCUGGACAAUGUGCAGGUAGGGGGGAGAGUUGCUUUCUGUGCCAACGGCUGCCAGGCCAUUGUGGACACUGGCACGUCGCUGCUCACUGGUCCCACCAAGGAUAUAAAGGAGCUGCAGAGAUACAUCGGUGCCACAGCUAUGGAUGGGGAGUACAUCGUGGACUGCAGCUUCCUGAGCUCGAUGCCCAUCGUCACCUUCACCAUCAAUGGGAUCCCCUACACGCUCUCUGCCCAAGCCUACACCCUCAUGGAGCAAAGUGACGGACUGGAUAUCUGCCUCAGUGGCUUCCAGGGUAUGGAUGUCCCCCCUCCUACUGGACCCCUCUGGAUUUUGGGUGACGUUUUCAUCCGACAGUAUUACACUGUCUUUGACCGUGGAAAUAACAGGGUGGGCUUCGCACCUGCUGCCCCUUAGGGCUGUGAGUCCUAUGGGGUGGGAGGGAAGUGGAGCUGCCAGGCUGUGGCUGCAGCCACGAGUGGGGCAGGAGCUGCUCAGCACCCCAUGGGGAUGGAGAUGGAAUCCCUAAGCUGAGGAGUGCAGAGCACACAGAGGUUCACUCCGUGCCCAGCAGUGCACACAAAGCGCCUUGGGCGGCCCUGAGGAGCGGAUGGUCAUUGUUUGAACACAGCUCAAUAAAUGCUUUGGUAAAACAGAACCGUGAGUGUUGAGAUUCCUAAAGCACUGAAUCCUGCAGGUCUCUGCUGCCCCAG